CAGAGAGGCCGGAAGUUGUGCUCAGAACCGCGCGACUGUUAGGGUAGCAAGCUGAGGCAGUGCUAACCGGGUGUGCGGGCAACUGGCCUGUUAGUCCCGGUGGAGGGUCGGCGUGCGGGGAUCUGGGGUUCUGGGCAGGGAUAAUGGCAUCCCGGGCAGGCCCGCGAGCGGCCGGUACCGACGGCAGCGACUUUCAGCACCGGGAGCGCGUCGCCAUGCACUACCAGAUGAGUGUGACCCUCAAGUAUGAAAUCAAGAAGCUGAUCUACGUGCAUCUGGUCAUAUGGCUGCUGCUGGUUGCCAAGAUGAGUGUGGGACACCUUAGGCUAUUGUCACAUGAUCAGGUGGCCAUGCCUUAUCAGUGGGAAUACCCCUAUUUGCUGAGCAUUGUGCCCUCUCUUUUGGGCCUCCUCUCCUUCCCUCGCAACAACAUUAGCUACCUGGUGCUCUCCAUGAUCAGCAUGGGGCUCUUUUCCAUAGCUCCUCUCAUUUAUGGCAGCAUGGAGAUGUUCCCUGCUGCACAGCAACUCUACCGCCAUGGAAAGGCUUACCGCUUUCUCUUUGGUUUUUCUGCUGUCUCUGUCAUGUAUCUGGUGUUGGUGCUGGCGGUUCAAGUACAUGCCUGGCAGUUGUACUACAGCAAGAAGCUCCUAGACUCUUGGUUCACCAGCACACAGGAGAAGAAGCGUAAAUGAAGCCUGCCUGUACCUGUAGAGUGAAGCCUGGGCCUCCCAUUGAGCCAAGUGGGAACAUAGAGGAGCUGUUCUGAAAUUGUUGGUGAUUUUGGCAGCUGGUGCAAACUAGGCCCACGUUCUGGAAAGCCCCUCCUGUUGCUAUCAGCUGAGGUGACAAAACUGUAUUUAAUUUAUUCCUGGUUGGCUGGAACUGGAUGAUCAACAACUAUAAAGCCAACUUCAACUGGUUGAAGUUGAGGCCCUUCAGGGUUUUUCAAGACAAAGCCUCAUCCUUGCCUCCUCUUGGUCAUUCUCUCUGCUUGCAUCCAUUACCCCUUAGCCAUCAAGACUGAAAGAGAUAGGGAAUAAAUCAAAUUCUACUUCAGUCUGUAGGUAGUGGGGCAGGAAACAUUUGGGAGGCUCCCCCUGCAGGCUGUGGUCUCUACUGCAAAGCAUUUUAAUUAAAAAGAACUUCAAUAAAGUUACAACUGUCUUGUCCA